AUGUCUGGACGCGGAAAAGGUGGAAAGGGACUCGGAAAGGGCGGUGCUAAGCGUCACCGCAAGAUUCUGCGCGACAACAUUCAAGGUAUCACAAAGCCAGCUAUCCGCCGUCUUGCUCGCCGUGGAGGUGUGAAGCGUAUCUCCGGCUUGAUCUACGAAGAGACCCGUGGUGUCCUCAAAAUUUUCCUUGAGAACGUCAUCCGUGACUCAGUCACCUACACUGAACACGCUAAGCGCAAAACCGUUACUGCUCUCGAUGUGGUCUAUGCCCUCAAGCGUUCUGGUCGCACCCUCUACGGUUUCGGUGCUUGA